CUCAACAAUAGCGUAUGAUAUCAGCUCUUAAAAUGAAAACUAUCAACUUGCUUGUGUUAUCGGCUCACUUGUGCCUUACGCUAUAUAUAAACCUUUCCCAUCUAGAUCAGGAUUAGAGCUUACUCCCAAGAGCGCUGUUCUGACAUAAGCACUUCGCCGAGUUUGUAGAUAGGAUUUGAUAGAGUUAAUUAUAACUUCCAGAUAAGUCUUGCUGUGCGCUCUUUUCUUUUCUCUAAAACGCGUUUUCCAUCAUGGCCCGUAAAACAGCAUUGGUCAUUGGAGCCAGCAAAGGUGGCAUCGGCGAUGCCAUCGCCCAAGAAUUCCUCCACAAAGGCUGCCGAGUCUUCGCCACAGCGCGAAGUAUCUCGAAAGUCGAGCAUCUCCAACAACUCGGCAUCGAAGUACUCACCCUCGACGUCACCUCCUCCAAGUCAAUAGAUGCUGCGGCUGCGGAAAUCACGAGACAGACAGGAGGGUCGUUAGAUACCCUGGUCAACAGUUCCGGGCUCGGAUGCCCUUUACCAUUGUUAGAUGUCGACGUCAACGUCUCCCGAAAGAUAUUCGACGUCAAUGUCUUUGGUCUCCUCGAGACGACCCAAAAAUUCUCUCCCCUCCUGAUUGCUGCUAGCGGCACGGUGGUCUUUAUCAGUUCUGUUGCUGGCAUCAGUCCUUGGGCAUAUCACGGCAUGUACAACGCUAGUAAAGCGGCCGUUAAUGCUAUUGCCCAUACAUUGGAGCUGGAGCUUUCUCCCUUUGAUGUUAAAGUCAUUACCGUCAUGACAGGCUCUAUAAGAACAGGCUACUUUGACAACCAGCCUCCUGCUAUCCUUCCUCAAGGCUCCCUUUACAUGCCUAUAAAGGAGAUCGUGGACCGCCAUACCUCUGGCGCUGAAUUACCCAAGAGGACACCGCCUGAGGAGUACGCCAAAUCUGUCGUUGCUAAUGCGAUGAGCGCAAAUCCAAGGACACGGCUUUGGAAGGGUGUGAAUUCCACUAUUGUUUGGUUCAUUGCCACUUUCUUCUGGCAUGGCGCCUUACUGUUGGCAUUCGCUCCUGCGGCUGGCGUGUCGGUUUUGAAAAGUAAAUUAAGGGCGUUGAAGAAGAAUAAAACGUCGUGAAAUCUUUUGUGUUUUUGUUUUCUACAGGGAGAAGAUCGUAUACAUUAAUGAAGAAAUAGCAAAUGAUAAAACAUCUUACUAAA